AACCGAUACCAGCUUCUUUUUGUUGACGAAAAAAUCUGAUUAGAAAUCAAAGAUGAAUCUAUCUUGGUUUUAUUAUAUAUCAGCUGUGAUUGCUGCUUCUGUUUCUGCAGUGUCUUCAUCAAAAAAAUUACAAAUUGGUGUGAAGAAAAGACCUGAAGUUUGUAACGAAAAAUCAACAAAAGGAGAUGUUUUAUCUAUGCAUUAUUCUGGUAAAUUAGAAGAUGGAACAGAAUUUGAUAGCAGUUAUAGUAGAAGUCAGCCGUUUACCUUUACACUUGGUUCUGGUCAAGUUAUUAAAGGUUGGGAUCAAGGUUUAUUAAAUAUGUGUGUUGGUGAAAAAAGAAAAUUAGUUAUACCAUCAGAACUAGCUUAUGGUGCAAGAGGUGCUCCUCCAAAAAUUCCACCUCUGGCAACAUUAACAUUUGAAGUAGAAUUAUUGAAGAUUAACUCAGACAAAAAAACUGACCUAUGAAAAUAUAAAAAAAAUUCACAACUACUAUCAUCACUUAUUUCAUAAAGUAUAUGCAAUGAAAUACCAUGCCAUAUUAUUGUCUCAAUAAAACUGUGAAGCAC